AUGCAGCGACUUUCGCGAGUCUUCCAGGCACUUACUGGCAUUCUGCUCUCGGGACUUGUUUCCAUAGCAAAUGCACAUGGCCACGACGAGACGAACACAGCUAUGGGGGAACCAUCGGCUGCGAUGGCAAGCACAGAAAUAGCAGACUCGCAGACUUAUUUCCACCACAACGCCUACGCUGGCUUUAUGACGGCGCAUAUUAUACUCAUGACAAUUGGCUGGGUAUUUAUACUGCCCGUUGGUAUCAUGCUAUCAGUUUCGAGAUCGAAAUACCGAUUUCUGGUUCAGUUUACAUUUCUCGCCGUAAAUACCGUUGGGGUUCUCCUCGCCAUUACAUACAACGCAAGCACGCCCGACUUGUACCCCAAUAACGCGCAUCACAAGCUGGGUUGGAUUUUGACAUGGGUUGCGGGAGCACAAGUCUUCCUAGGGAUGCUUAGCGCAUAUGCUCAACGAGAUCCUCAAGAAAAAGGUGAAGAGCAAGUCUCAUUCAUACCAAUUUCUCAGGAAGUCAUGGUAGAGCACCAACGGAUAAAUGAUCUUCGAUUUCAAGAUCCCCAUCGUUUUUCGUAUGACAGUGGCCAUGGAACAGAGCCCAACACCGAGUCUCUCAGAAGUCAAUCCAUGUCUUCUACGGGAUCAGAUCAAUUGCCGUUAUGCAAUAUGCGAAACGACUUAUUAGGAGAGGCUAACGAGGAAGAAGAGGAAAAAUUGCUCGGAAUGAAGAGCACCAGGCUGAAUCGAUUAUUGUCGAAAAAAGCAUCCAGGUUAUUUGCUUCCAGGCUUCUACGAGCAAUUCAAUUGCUGUAUAGUUCGGCAGACUACAGCAUUUUGUUCUUGGCAUGGGUCGGCUUUUUGACUGGCUGGGUAACGUAUGGGGGCUUCUUCAUGGGCGAUCGAGUGUUCAGUGGACUUGCACAUCUCAUCAAGGGUAGUGUGUUCUUUGGGUUUGGCAUUAUGUCUCUGGCUCGCUGGGCAGGUUGUUGGUCUGAAAUGGGCUGGGCCUGGAACAUCAAACGCUCGAAGAAGAGUUUACGAACAGCUGAAUUUGUGGAGAGUUCUUUAGUGUUUAUCUAUGGCAUCACGAAUGUUUUUCUAGAACAUUUGAAUGCUUGGGGCUCUGAAUGGACGGCACAAGAUCUGGAGCACCUAGCUAUCACUUUUCUAUUUAUUGGCGGUGGUUUGUGUGGUUUGCUUAUUGAAUCUCGUAAAAUUCGCAACUAUCUCAAUGUGACGACCGAGGAUUUGAAUUACGAGCAAGAAGGAAAUAAGGAACAAUCGGUAGAACCCAAGAGCUAUGGCUUCUCUAUGAAUCCAUUUCCUGGACUUGUCACACUUCUCGUUGGUAUUAUGAUGAGUUCACAUCAUCAAGACUCUAUGGUAUCGACCAUGAUCCACAAGCAGUGGGGAACUUUGCUUGUUGCUGCUGCGUUUUGCAGAGGAUUGACAUAUAUCAUCUAUUACAUUGCGCCACCGACUUCGACUUUACCAGGAAGACCACCAACAGAACUCGUCACUUCAUUCUGCUUAAUGGCUGGCGGCUUCAUUUUCAUGGCUUCAGCUCGUGACACCGUAAUGGCCAUUGAAGGCAACGGCUUGGAUGCGAUGUUUAUCUUCACGGUUUCAAUGGGUCUGAUAGCUGCCUUGAUGGCAUGGAUCAUCACCGUCAUCGCGAUCAAAGGCUGGGCCGUCAGAAAAGAACAAAGUUCUAGCUACAGCUAUCGUCCCGUUUUGACAGCGGUAUGA